CUCAGCUGAUCUUCAUUCGCCUAACAGCAAUUAGCGGGUGGUUUUGUAGAUAGCAAAUGCAUCUAUCUGUACUGUUGCCAAACAUAUUGUAAUAUCAUAAUUGUAAAACUUUAUAGCCUACGUUAAAACCGACGACAUCGUUUGGCUGAGCAGCUCUAGCGCCUAUCCUUUCCAAAGAAACUCCAGUUUUUAUUCAGCCACUCGCUAGCUAGCUCUUUGGCUGGUUAGCUAGCCUAGUUCUACUGCCCUGGUUUACUCAUCACCGUUUUAUUUUCAGUAGAAUAGGAAAAUGGACAAGAUCGCCAAAGAUGUGGGUGACAUCCAAUCCAGACUCUUUGACCACAGACCCAUCACCCAGGGAGAAAUCCGCUACUUCGUGAAGGAGUUUGAGGAGAAACGAGGAAACCGGGAGAGCAGACUGUUGGAUAACAUCAAUAAAAUGGUGAUGGAGACCAAUGAAGCACUGCCAAACUGUUCAGAAGGCAUGCACGAGCACUUAUGCGAUGUCAUAACUCGAUUGGAGGCUGCUAAUCACAUGGCACAAAGAAUCCAGCAGAGGGAGCUAGAAGGCAACCAGAACACCCAGCUGCAGGCAAGCAUCGAGCGUCACAAGGAGGAGUGGGAGGAGUUUCUAAAGGAGCAGCAGAGGUUGAAGGAGGAGGUGGAUGAGGAGCACGCCAAGGCUGUGGGACGCCUCAGUGCCCAGUACAGUGAAAUGAGGAAGGACCUGAAAAAGUCCUCGCCAUUCUGAUCAUUCAAUGGCAGUGAGUGAGCAAGCGAACAAACGCCAUCAUCUGUGAGCGCUCUUGCUUGUUGUGGACAUGUGAACUGGGCUCGUAGAUCAGGCACGUGUGUCUUUGCACGCAUCUGUCACAACUUUGUGUGUGGCCAGUGCCCAGGGCCUGUUCUGCAUGUGUCUGGAUGUUUUCUUUGAUUGAUGUGGUGCUCAGGGAGUUGGCACAAAAACAAUUGAAAACCUGGGAGUGCUACCCAAAAGUUAACAUUUUCCAAAUCAGAAAUAUGAAAGUGUGAUUAACAAGGUGGCAUUUUCACAGGCCAUCAAAAUUAACAUUUUCUGUGUUCAGCGCAUGGAAUAUAUAAAGCAUGCCAAAGGUCUGGAAAAUGUCCCCCCUUUUUUCCCAAAUAAGCAUUUGCUUGACUGUUUUUUGGCUGUCAAAUUUUCAGCAUUUUAAGAUUUACAAUGGAUUCAAGUCUGAAGUGCUAAAAUGAUUAAUUGAUAUCUGUUUCAAGUUAAAUAUGAAAGGAUACUGGAAUUUGGCACCUAGACGAGACGUUUCAAGCACUGACAGCAAAAGCAUUAAUAGCCAGAUAUGCCAUUCAGAGUAAGUGUGUUUGAAGUCAAGUGUUGUAGAAACGGGCUCAAACAAAACAGUUUCCAGGAUAAAUCAUCCCUCACCUGCUCUUCAGUGUUUGGAACAUUUGACCUUUGACUUCAUCCUUGAAGUAAACCAACAACAUCUGAUAUGAAUUAAAUUAGAAAGGAUCUUGCUCAAACCAAUCUCCGCUGUCUUCACAGCUUCACAUUUGGAGUUCCUUAUUCCGACCUAUGUUUAUGCACCUUGUUUUUUGUCACAAAUCCGAUAUUGUAACUGCUGUCCAAAGAGUACAUGAAACCUUGAAACAAUCUUCUGCUAUGUGCAAUAUUUCUCAGGCUAUCCAGUGACAAAACUUUGAGUCAUUUUUAUGAGGAAGCAUGAAGGCACUGUAAAAGUAUAUAUAAACAUGAUAUUCAGAAUUUGUAAUGUGCAUAUAUAUAUAUAUCUGGUUAAACCAUCGUGCAA